AUGAGUUCUCUUGUCGAAAACACUGCCAUCUUGCAGAAAUACACUAACUUGCCUCAAAAUGGCAGGGUCAUUGCUGAAUAUCUCUGGAUUGAUGCUGAAUACAACAUCAGAUCCAAGGGUAAGACCUUGUCCAAGAAGGUUACUUCUCUUGAUGAUCUUCCAGAAUGGAACUUUGACGGUUCUUCCACUGGUCAAGCCCCAGGUCACAACUCCGAUGUUUACUUGAGACCAGUUGCUUACUACCCAGAUCCAUUCAGAAGAGGUGACAACAUUAUCGUUUUGGCUGAAUGUUGGAACAGUGACGGUACUCCAAACAAGUUCAACCAUAGACACGCUGCCGAAAAAUUGAUGACCGCCCAUGCUAAAGAACAAACCUGGUUUGGUCUCGAACAAGAAUACACCUUGUUCGACAACUUGGACAAUGUUUACGCUUGGCCAAAGGGUGGUUUCCCAGCUCCUCAAGGUCCAUACUACUGUGGUGUUGGUACUGGUAAGGUUGUUGCUAGAGAUGUUAUUGAAGCCCACUACAGAGCCUGUCUCUAUGCUGGUAUCAACAUUUCUGGUAUCAACGCCGAAGUCAUGCCUUCCCAAUGGGAAUACCAAGUUGGUCCAUGUGAAGGUAUCUCUAUGGGUGAUGAAUUGUGGGUUUCCAGAUACUUGUUGCACAGAGUUGCCGAAGAAUUCGCUGUCAAGAUUUCUUUCCAUCCAAAGCCAUUGAAGGGUGACUGGAACGGUGCUGGUUGUCACACUAACGUUUCUACUGCCAACAUGAGAAAGGAAGGUGGUAUGAAAUACAUUGAUGAAGCCAUUGAAAAGUUGGCCAAGAGACACAAUGAACACAUUACUCUUUACGGUGCUGACAACGACCAAAGAUUGACUGGUAGACACGAAACUGCUUCUGUCAACACCUUCAUGUCUGGUGUCGCCAACAGAGGUGCUUCUAUCAGAAUUCCAAGAUCCGUUGCUAAGGAAGGAUACGGUUACUUUGAAGACAGAAGACCAGCUUCUAACAUUGACCCAUACUUGGUUACCGGUAUCAUGGUUGAAACCAUUUGUGGUUCUAUCAGUGAUGUUGACAUGUUCAAGGAAUAUGGUAGAGAAACUUCUGAUUAG